AUGGGAAAGAGAAACUUUAGAGGUAAAGGCCGAAGAGGAGGAGGAGGAGGCGGCGGCGGCCGUGGGAAUGGGCAGUCUGCCAACGGCUGGCGUGAUUACGCCCCCUUCGACAAGAACAACGCGAAGCUCGAGGAAUACUACAACUCUCUCCUGCAGCUUCCCGAGGAAGAAAAGACGCAGUUCUGGGAAGCUCUGAGACGCGAAUUGCCCAAUAGUUUCCGGUUCACUGGCUCUCGAGGGCACGCCCUUUCGGUCAAGAGGCUGCUCCAGACACGGUACAUUCCCCAAAUCGCAAGCAUUGAGCACCAUGACGGUAGACCGGUCGAAGCGCCCAAACCUGUGGCUUGGUAUCCCGAUGAGCUGGCCUGGUGGAUGACUACGCCCAAGAACGUCGUUCGCAAGUUCCCUCCCUUCUCCGCCUUUCAGAAAUUCCUCGUCUCCGAGACUACCGUCGGCAAUAUCAGCAGGCAGGAGGUGGUAAGCAUGAUCCCCCCCUGCUUGAUGGAUCUGCGCCCAGGCAUGGCGGUCCUCGACAUGUGCGCCGCUCCGGGGAGCAAGUCGGCUCAGCUGCUCGAAAUGAUCCACCGCGGCGAAGAGGCGCGUGUGCGCAAGGUCCUGCGCACGUUCGCCAAGGAAGACGGGCUUGAUCUGGGUCAAGAGACGCAGGACGAGGUGGAUGCCGAUCUGGAGGCCGACCCUUUGGACAACGGCCGCGCCACGGGACUGCUGAUCGCAAACGACUCGGAUUACAAGCGCGGACACAUGCUUGUCCAUCAGCUCAAGCGCCUGUCCUCCCCCAACCUCAUCGUCACGAAUCAUGAUGCCACGCAGUUCCCUUCGCUCAAGCUCCCUUCCGCCGACCCCGGCGCCAAACCAACCUAUCUCAAGUUUGACCGCAUCCUGGCAGACGUACCAUGCUCCGGUGACGGCACACUUCGAAAGAACGCCAACUUGUGGAAAGACUGGCAGCCAGGCAAUGCCCUUGGGUUGCACGCCACGCAGAUCCGCAUCCUUGUCCGAGCUCUCCAGCUUCUCAGGGUUGGCGGCAGAGUCGUCUACUCCACCUGCAGCAUGAACCCCGUAGAGAACGAAUCCGUGGUGGCGUCCGCUAUUGAGCGGUGUGGAGGCGGCGGCAACGUGGAGAUCCUCGACUGCAGCGACCAGCUUCCCAACCUGGUCAGAAGACCUGGCAUGAGAAAGUGGAGGAUUAUGGACAAGUCGUGCCGUACCUGGGAGACCUGGGAAGAGGUUGAGAAGUUUGCUCGCGAAGAGAAUGACGGCGUCGUUCCUGGCCGCGUCUCGCAAACCAUGUUCCCCAAACUGGAAGGGACGGAAUGCCACGACCUCCCUCUGGAGCGCUGCAUGCGAGUAUACCCUCACCUCCAGGACACUGGCGGCUUCUUCAUCACGGUUCUGGAGAAGAAGACGGACUUUAAGGCGAGAAACGAGAACGAGCCCAAGAACGCUGCUGCGGCUGCCUCCGCAGCUGCUGGCGAUUCUAAUGGCAAACCGGAGGCUGCAGCAAACAACUGCGACCAAGAAACGACUACAGAGGCGCCGGCGGCCGCCGCUGCUAGCGAAACUACAGAAUCAAAAGCAGACGGCGAUGCCUCAGCAAACGGCAACAAGAGGACUCUCCAAGACCAAGGCAGCGAGCAGCAAGCGGCCAAAAAGGCAAGGGUGGACGACGCCGCAGAUUCAUCGGCUCUCACCCCCGCGCCGCUCGUGCUUCCCGCCGAGCCACCUAGCAAGCCCAAGAAGUCGGGACCCCCAGAAGAGCCGUUCAAGUACCUCGAUCCGUCGCAUCCCGUCAUUGAGAGCAUCAAGCAGUUCUACAGCUUGUCCGCGCGCUUCCCCGACGACCGGUACAUGGUGCGCAACGAGCUCGGCGAGCCAGCCAAGGCCAUCUACUACACCUCGGCGCUCAUCCGCGACAUCCUCACCGAGAACGAGGGGCGCGGGGUUCGCUUCGUCCACGGCGGCGUGCGCAUGUACAUGAAGCAGGACGCCCCGUCGGCCGAGGUGUGCCGGUGGCGCAUCCAGUCCGAGGGCAUGCCCAUUGUGCAGGGCUACGUGGGAGAGCCGCGCGUCAUCCGGCUCCGCAAGAAGGAGACGCUGCGGAAGCUCCUCAUCGAAAUGUUUCCCCGGAUCGCCGACGACGGCUGGAGGGAUUUUGACGAGAUUGGCGAGCGGGUGCGUGACAUGGGCAUGGGCUGCUGCGUCCUCCGCGUCGAGCCCGAGGAGGGCGAUGCGGACUUUACGGAGCGCAUGGCCUUGCCGUUGUGGAAGAGCAUCCACUCGCUCAAUCUCAUGCUGCCAAAGGAGGACCGUGCCGCCAUGCUGCUGAGGAUCUUCAACGACACGACGCCCCUGAUCAACAACACCUUGAACAAGCAGCAGGACCAAAAGACGGCCGAACCGCCAGCCCGGGUGGACGACGCUGACGGGGACCAGGCUGUGGAAGACGAGCACGUAGAAGACUUGCCGUCUCCAGAGGACGCGUGA